AUGCGUAGAAUUCUUCUCCAGAUUACCAUCUGCUUGGUUUUGAUCGGGACACCGAACGUUUGGUGCAAAUUGUCCAGCUACAAAUCGAUUGUGCCGCCGGUGAAGAUGAAAACCGAUGAGAUCGCCAAAUACUCGGAAGUGAACUAUGACGAUUAUCCGAUGGUAGUACCGAAGCGAGCGGCCAUGUUGCUGGACCGGCUUAUGGUGGCCCUACACCACGCGCUGGAAAAGGGCGACGGUGAAGAUGGCACCGGACGACCCAUCAACAAGGUGUACCGAGAUGGUCGCUACAGUGGCAAGCCGACGGUUUCACUGGCACCGGCCAAAAUACCGCCACCACCGAGCAAAACGGAACAACUGAUGAAAAGCUAUUAUGCCGAAGCGGACGCGGACGCGGAUGCCGAGGAUAGGGUGGUGGCCAACUCCAUACCGGAUGAGAUCGAGGACAUUGAAGCGCGGAAGGAGCUGCUGGACGAAAUGAUGGACAUUCAAACCCGCGGGACCGAGGACAAAACGAAGAAGGGCAGAUACUGGAAAUGCUAUUUCAAUGCGGUCAGUUGUUUUUAA